AUGCGCGGGGCCUUCCCGGGGCUCUGCUUGGCGCUACUGGCGGCGGAGCGCGUGAGGCUCUGUGCCAUCAUCCACUACCUUGUCCACAGGCACCUGGGAUGGUUCGGUCUGACGGUCGCCUGUGUGGUGCCCGGCUACGCAGCUGAGAUCCUCAGCAUCCUCUAAUUCAGGGUGGAUGGCCGCCCACCCGGCUGCUGCCUCCUGGUGCUCCACCUCCUGCAGCUGGGCCUCUGGAAGCGGUACUGGGAUGUUCCGUGCAUGGUGGCAAAGACAGGCGGCAGUGCUGGUGCUGGGGAGGUGCUGAUGCAGCACGGGGACACAUGUGUGCUGCAGCUCCUGGAAGCCCUGCUGCAGACCCUGCCUCACCUCCUGCUGCAGGCAUACAUUGUUGUGGCAGUCAACUGAGUGGGCUUCAUCCCUGGUGUCAGCAUGGGGCUGUCCCUGCUGUCUCUCACCUGGGCUUUGGUCUCCUACAGCCACUUCACCUGCCUGCUCAAACCCAGUCACCUCUGCCCACCGGCCGCAGCCAUCCUCUGCCUGCUGCUCUGGAGGACGGGGAUGCUGGGGACCAUGGUCCUGGCCCUGGUGCUCUUUGCCAGGCUCUAUUCCUUUGGGGUUUCUGAUGUUGGCAGCAAGACCUGUGACCAUCUUCCCCAUGUCCCAUCCUGCUGUCAGCCGCAGAGGUGCUCCUGGUCCCGGAGCACUUUGCAGCAUCCCCUAGGAAUGGCUUUUCCCCUUCCAUCCUUUCCCCUCGCAGGUGUCCACUGGUUGCUCAUGUCCCUCUGGCUGGUGGCCCAGCAGACAGACAUUGUGGCCCAGCCCUGCCACUGGAGGUUGUUCAGUUGCCUGGUGGGAGCUGUGUACAUAUUCUGCUACAUUCGUGUCCGGCCCGGCCCCUCCAAGCACAGAGUGGAUGUGUUUUAUGCAGUAAUGCUGAUCGAGAACACCCUCCUGCUGCUGCUGGCCACUUGGUUCCUGCAGGCAAAGCUGAGGAACAGCCUGUGCGUCACUGGAGCUGUCAUGUCAGGGUCUGUAAUAGGUGCCGCAGCGCUGGUGCUGUGUUACAGCCUGCUCCAUCCCAAGUCCACAGAGAUCUGCCAGGGCUUCCUGGAGACAACCUGCAGCGCUGCAGCUGCCGGUGAUGAGGAGGUUGCUGGAGACAGCUCCCAGGAUGGGCAGAGCUUGGGAAUUUCUGGAGAUGGAGAGUCCUUGGGAGGGACACGGACCAGGGCAGAUCCCAAAAAUGGGAACAGCUCAUCGCUCCUGCAAGUCAGAGGGUGUUUGGAGGGCAGCUGGACAAACCAUCACCACUGGCUGCUGGUAAAGCUGGCCUUGAAGACAGGAGAUAUGUCCACGAUCAAUACAGCUUUUGGAGAUGGUGGCAUGGGAGAGGUUUAUCCUGGCACAUGGAUGAUGGGGAAACCCACCAGUGCUGAGCCUGAAGCAAACCUUUCCCUCCCCACAAGGGAAAUCGGUCUUGGAGGUGUUGAAUGUGAUCUGAGUGAUGGAAAAUCACAGGCGAUGGGGAAUGGAGGUGGCAGCAAGCCCAGCACCAGCACUGCGAGAACAGCACAGGAGGAUGGAGCAGGGCAGGAGCCUGAUUUUCCCUCAGCCAUAUCCUUUCCCAGCAGCUUCUCCCUGCAUCUGGCCAAGGGCUCUUCCAUGUAUUACAGUGCAAGUGCAGGAGGCAUCACCUCACCCAGUGAGAGGACAGUCCCAGCUACAAGCACGGCCCUGGUGCAAAGGGACAGCAAAGCCCAGCCUCCUCCAGGCUGCCUGGGAGAAGGAGGACAUAGAGAGGAUUUAUCCCUUGAGAUGAUGACCAUCAUCCCAAUCCUGGGCACUUGUGCCCACAAGCAUCUGCAGCACAGCUCAACCCUCAGCAGCACAGGUGGCUGUGGGGUGGUGGGUCACCCCAAAGAGGGCUUGGAGCCUGUGGCUGGGGGAGCACUUGUGGAGCGUCACUGCCUUUGGGACACCCACUGUGGCACACUGGGGACUGUUGUGAGGAGCAGGCUGAGGCCACCGUGCUUCACCUCUACCCCCAGGGCUGACCCUGCAUGCCCACAGUGAGGGCUGGGGGAG